AUGAAUCGCAAAUUGACGGAUGAAUCUCUUCUGAAGAAUGAAGAGAUUGAGGAUAAAAAUGAGGAGAAAAUUGAAACUGAUUUUAAAGAUACAGACUUUAAAGACACAGAUUUUAAAGACAAAGACAUUAUAGACAAAGAUAUAGUGAAGAACAAUGACGUCUAUCCGGAUCCUAAUGAAGAAUACACCGGGAACAAUGAAUAUUCCGGUGGAUAUGACCCUGAUACUGGAUACGGACAAGUCAAUGGUUACCCCGACAAUGGAUAUGGAAAUGAUAACUAUAAUAACUAUAAUAACACCAACGGAUCCACGAAUUACACCACCGACAAUUAUUAUGCCGGCAGCAGAUAUCAUAAACCUAAUUCUCCCGCGGCCUAUACCUUCCCGGGUGCUGUACAUUACGUACCGGUGCCGGUGGUACACCCUGUCUAUUAUCAAAACUACCGAAACCCUGCGUACUAUCAGUACCUGCGCCUUAUGUACGGCCGAUAUAACUAUAACUACCGACAGCCUAGCCAUCAGCCGUACAAUCAAUUCAAUUAUAAGACAUACAAUCAAACUAAUGGCGCACCGGGUGGUCAGCCAUACAACCGGACUAGGCUUCGGUCGCCAUACCAGUCCAUUCCGGGCACGUAUGGCACCAACUCAUACAAUACUCAACAGUACUUCUCUGGCAAACGAUACAACGCUCAACAGAUCUACGGCUCGUAUUUAUCUACCGGCGCUUACCUCUACUACUCGGGCACGUGUGCCAAGCACUACAAACGGACGCCAGAGAUCACGCAACAGGACAUGGAGUCGGCCUUCGACUACGCCCACCAUCAGCUCCGGGACUACGACCGGCUGUACGGCAACUACUCGAUAGAUCAUGCCUACUGA